AAUUACUGUCUGAAACUGAAUUAUGAGUGUGUUUUGUUUCUUUGUGGGGAUGUUUUUUUCUUUCCUGGAGCCCAUUUCUGCUUGUGGGAUCGAGCUUUGAGUUCUGUGAUUGGCUCUCUUUCUCUCCCUAUCUCUGUCUUUCUCACUUUCUCUCUCCCUCUCCUUCCUUUUGAAGGAGCUUAUUUAGGAGAGAAAACUCUACAUCUUCAGCAAUAUUAUUAUUAGCUAGAUAGAUACAGCAGAAGAAGAAGGUGAGAGUUGGAAGAAACAAAGAAAGUGAAGAGAAAGCUAUUUGUUGAAAAAGCCCGAGAGACUUCAUCAAAAGAUAAACAAAAGCAAAGCUGAUGAGAGAUAUCACUUCGCAUCUUCAUCGAUCGUUGCACUUCACCUAUGUUAGCCAACAACUCAUCUUCCUCAGUUCCUUGUUCCGAGCCUUUUUCUUGCUUGGAAAAUGGUAACAACAAUAAAAGGAAAAGAAGGCCAGCAGGAACUCCAGAUCCAGAUGCGGAGGUAGUGUCGCUUUCACCGAAAACGUUACUGGAAUCGGAUCGUUAUGUAUGCGAGAUCUGCAACCAGGGGUUUCAGAGGGACCAGAAUCUGCAGAUGCACCGGAGACGUCACAAGGUGCCCUGGAAGCUUCUGAAGAGAGAGACUCCGGUGGUGAGGAAACGGGUAUUCGUGUGCCCCGAACCGAGUUGCCUGCACCACGACCCGUGCCACGCGCUGGGUGAUCUGGUUGGGAUAAAAAAGCACUUCAGAAGGAAGCACAGCAACCACAAGCAAUGGGUUUGUGAGAAAUGCUCGAAAGGCUACGCAGUUCAAUCUGACUACAAAGCCCAUCUCAAGACCUGCGGCACCCGAGGCCAUUCUUGCGACUGUGGCCGUGUUUUCUCAAGGGUUGAGAGUUUCAUUGAACACCAAGAUGCUUGCAACAUGGAUCGUCUAAGGCCGGAAUCCCAAGCAGUAGUACUACAACCACCGGCAUGCCUAUCAAGAACGGCUUCAAGUCCAAGUCCGUCAAGCGAAACCAAUUUCAGCAGCAGGACUACUCCUAACUGGCCUUCGGCUUCAGCUUUGGUGGUGCCAAAGCCGCUUCAUGACAACACCAAAUUGAUCUUAAGUAGUCCUCCUGCUGGCCACGGUAUUAGUGACCGUAAUCGAAACUCAUCCAAGAAUAUCAAUGCAAACAGCUUGUACAAUUUGGAUCUUCAGCUUGCGACCACGUCAAAUGACAACAAUCCUAACCAUAUUGAAGUCUCGGUUUCCUCGUCUAAGAGAGACGUGGAAAACCAUUCCACUCAGCUCCAGCUCUCAAUUGGAUCGUGUGACAAUUUUGGCGAUCAUCAUCAUCCAAAGAAUAUUAAUAUUGAAUCAAACAGAAACUCUCCGAGGGAAAGCAGCACUAGUACUAAUGAACAUCACCACCAACAGAUGAAACCAGCAGGUGAAUCAGCAUCAACAUCAAGGAUAAUUAAAGAAGAAGCACGAGAGCAGUUAAGGCUUGCCUUGGCGGAAAAGGCUUACGCAGAAGAGGCGAGACAGCAAGCGGAGCAGCAGAUUGAGCUAGCCGAGCAGGAGUUUGCGAAUGCCAAGAGAAUAAGGCAGCAAGCACAAGCUGAAUUGGACAAGGCGCAAGCUUUGAAAGAGCAUGCCGUUAAGAAAAUCAACUCUACCAUUCUCCAAAUCACCUGUCAGGCUUGCAAGCAACAAUUUCAAGCUCGAACGAGGCAAGCAAACCCUCAUGAGAACUCUCUGGCGUUCAGUUACAUGUCAUCGGCUUUAACAACAACAACAUCUGAAGGUGGCCAGUUAGAGAUCAAUGCUAGUGCUACUCGAACGGAUGAUCGGGCAAAUUCAUCUGCUAAACCGUAAUAGGUUUCCUCCAUCUCAAUGUAAACCUUUUCUUGUUUUCUUUUUAUUGGAUAUUGAUAUUCUGUAUUACAUAUAACAAUAACAAGCUGGUUAUUGUGAUAAUAUUUGGCUGAGGAGACGAGUACGUGUUGUACGUAUCUUGCAAGAUGUGUGUUGUUAUUUGUUGAUUAAUUUGGUAAAUGAAGAGUAUGGUGAUGAUAAUGAUUUUGCUGAAUAUA